GGGAAAGCCACAGGGCCUCGCCUCCUCCGGCCAAUCACGGCUCUACCAGGCUGAGGGAGCCAGCGCUCGGGGAGCGGAGGGAGCGCCCAGGACUCUCCUCGCCGGCUGCGGGCGGCGCCUUUAUUUUGCACACGGCAGUAACUCCCGAGGUUCCUGUGCGCUGAGCACGCCGUGCGCCGGGCUGGCACAGAAGCCCAGGAGCCGGAGCUGUGGUUUGUGGUCACUAUGAAGGCCUUGUUUGGGCAGCAGAAUUCACCUGGAGAGGAAAUGACUUUUGUGUUCCAGGAAAGAGAAAACCUUCCUCCCCCCGGGGACCACGAGGUGAAGGUGCAAGUGAGGGCCUGUGCCCUGAGCUGGGUGGACACAAAGCUUCUGUCAGAAAUUAAGCUGAAGAAGGAACUCGUGCCUGUGGGACGAGAGAUUUCUGGAGUGGUGCUGGAAGUUGGGAGCAAGGUGACCUUUUUCCAGCCGGAUGAUGAAGUGGUGGGAAUUUUACCUCUGGAUUCUGAGGAGUCUGGUCUCUGUGAAGUUAUCCUGGUUCACGAGCAUUAUUUGGUGCAGAAGCCAGAGAAGGUUUGCUGGGCUGCAGCAGCCGGGACGGUGCGGGAUGGACUCCGGGCCUACACAGCCCUGCACUACCUGGCCCAGGCCUCUCCUGGGACAACUGUGCUCGUGCUGGAUGGAGCCAGUCCGUUCGGCACCAUCGCGGUUCAGCUGGCCCAGCACAGAGGGGCCAAAGUCGUCUGCACUGCCCACAGCCUGGAGGACAAGCAGUUCCUGGAGAGGCUCAGGCCUCCCGUGGCCCGGGUGAUCGACGUGGCCCACGGCAAGAUCGACGUGGCUGAGAGCUGCCUGGAGGAGACGGGAGGGCUGGGAGUGCACAUUGUGCUGGAUGCUGGAGGUAUUGGAGUGCACAUUGUGCUGGAUGCUGGAGGUAUUGGAGUGCACAUUGUGCUGGAUGCUGGAGGUAUUGGAGUGCACAUUGUGCUGGAUGCUGGAGUGAAAUUAUAUAGUGCUGAAGAUGAAUCAGCUUCAAAAUCCCAGCUGCUGCCUCACAAGCACGACAUCAUCACUCUGCUUGGGGUUGGGGGACACUGGAUAACAACAGAAAAAAACCUUCAGCUGGAUCCUCCAGACAGCCAUUCCUUGUUCCUUAAAGGAGCCACGGUGUCCUUCCUGAACGAUGAGAUCUGGAACUUGUCCAAUGUGCAGCAAGGGAAGUAUCUCUCCAUCCUAGAAGAUAUCAUGGAGAAAUUAUCAAGUGGCAUUUUCAGGCCUCAGCUGGAUGAACCGAUCCCACUGUACGAGGCCAAAGUUUCUAUGGAAAUUGUUCAGAGGAAUCAAGCCAGAAAAAGACAAGUCAUCCAGUUCUGACAGGCAAUCUCCUCAUUUCUGAGCCUGUGGGAGACAAAGAAACGUAAUAUAUUUGUGGAGUGAAUCAGUGUACACUUUCAGACAGUUCUGUUACCAGAAUUUAAACAUCCUUUGUACCUCAGCACAAGUGGUCUCGAAGCUCCUGUGACUUCAGGGUUUUUUUUAAUCCACAUGAGCAGAAUGUUCCCAUCAGCAGCUUCCAAAGCAGCAGCCUUGACCUACAGAUCUUGUCUGCCCUGCCCCAGUUACAAACAUCAGUAACAUCUACAGGCAAACCCAGCUGCUGUUGGUUUUCAACCAUAAGAAAUUAAAGGGGGAAAAAAAUCAUCCAGAACCAUAA